AAUAUUUGAUGAAUCAAUGAGUCUUUGAGCGUGUUUGAACGUGGUGCCUGCAGAGUGAACAUUGGGAUUAGAAGGAUAGCAACAUUUUCCAGCCUGACUGCUGUGGCUCAUGUCACCAUGGAAAACAGACUUUUUCUUAUCUUUAAUAUCAUGUUGAGCUUCAAGACAGCGGAACCUCGGUUAGCAUCAUCAAUCCGCGCCAGAAGGAUGAUGCUGAACGACAGCUGGACCAUCAUGAACAACAGCAGCUCUGAGCUGGACAGCAAACGAGCCCACAAACACAAGAAAUGCUGCAGCUUCUUCCUGUGGGCCGUCAGUGUGUUUGCCACGGUAACAGUCAUCACAGCCACAGUCACCAUCCUCUAUGUCUACCAGUACCCUCUGCCCUUCAUAAACAGGAACGGGGUCUCCUCCACGUCACCUGUCAUUUCCACCAAUCCCAAAGACUCCGGUGCCUUGGUGACGGUGUCACGUGCCGGAGAUGGUGAACCAAUCAGCAUCUUCCUGGACCCCAACUGCCCGGACAACAGUCAGAACUUUGAGCGCUGGGAGGCCCUGCAGAGCUCGCUGAUCCGAGCGCUGACCACGCGCAAUGCGGACGACUGGCAGGAGAGGGGGCUCGUCCACAAACUGACCGAGGAGCUGAAGGUGAUGACAGGCCACGCCCAUAACUUGAGACUAGAAGCGGAGACGCUGAAAAGAGGUCAGGGACUCUUGGACCAGCGACUGGACAGACUGCAGAGCGAGCAGAACCGCAUCGUUCAGGUGCUGUCAGACGAGCACUCGGGUGUGCUCAAGCUAACGUCCAGCUUCAGUGAUUCUCUCUUCAGCCUGCAGAGGGAGAUGCAGAGUCUGAGCAGACUCCACAGAGACAAAGACUACGCUCUCACGCCCAGAGAUUGUGGCGACAUCUUGGCGGCAGGAAAUUCCCAAGAUGGCGUUUAUUCCAUCUUUCCUGUCCACAAACCCGACGGCUUCAUGGUCUACUGCGACAUGAGCACGGACGGAGGAGGCUGGACCGUGAUCCAGAGAAGAGAAGACGGCUCAGUGAAUUUCUUUCGUGGUUGGGACGCAUAUCGAGACGGCUUUGGUAAAACUACAGGAGAGCACUGGCUAGGACUCCAGAGCAUCUACGCUCUGACGAGGUCAGGUGGUUACGAGUUGCGUAUCGACAUGGCUGACUUUGACAACACCACAGCCUUCGCUCAUUAUGCUGAAUUCUCUGUGGGACGAGACUCAGUUAACCCUGAAGAGGAUGGGUACCCACUGACUGUGGACCAGUACUCGGGGACUGCAGGUGAUUCUCUUCUGAAGCAUUCUGGGAUGCAGUUCACAACCAAAGACCGGGACCAAGACCAGUCAGAGAACAACUGUGCUACGUACUACCAGGGGGCUUGGUGGUACCGCAACUGUCAUACAUCCAACCUGAACGGGCAGUACCUGAAAGGAGGCCACACCUCCUACGCCGAUGGCGUGGAGUGGUCCAGUUGGACGGGCUGGCAGUACUCGCUGAGGUUCACGGAGAUGAAGAUACGGCCCAAACGUAAAAGCUCUGAUGAAUGAACCUCAUUAACCUUUGACCCCCCCCCACACGCACACAGGAAGUACAACGUGCUUUCCUUUUCUCACAGACCAGCUGAAGGAGUCAUGAUAGAGAGAAUAACAUGGACUUACUUAUGAAAUAUAGAACGCACUUGAGCUCAUCCAGCAUUCGUUACCGUAACAUACUAGCGUUAUUGCAGAGCCAGCUGGCCCAUUAGGCAACAUAGGCAGAUGCUUAGGGCACAGUGGCCUCCAGGGGGCGCCAAAAAGCUCACAUUCAAUAUCACUGAAAUCAAAUGAAUUACUAGCAAGUCUUCAAAUAAAAAAUCUUACAUUGAUUCAGUUGUAAAGCAAUUAAAGUAAUUAUCACGACAAAUAAUAACAAGCAAGUCUCAUCAUGUCUGCAUGUGACCGUAUGUCACUAUUUUAUUUAGCUUUUAUUAGUUUAUAUGAGUGUUAUUGCGUUGUGUCCAUGUAACUUCACUGUGUGCUCAUUUCAAUUGCUUUAUUUCUCAUUUAUUGUUAUUAUUCAUUCCCUUAUUUACAGGAUUGUAUUUCUAGUAUAUUUCAGAUUGUUUUGUCAUUUGUUGAGCUUAUAAAUUGGGUGUACAUUUUACACGUGAAAGACAAUGGUUGCCAAUAUGCCAUGUCAUUUCUUUUGCAAGCUACAGCAUGUACAUCGUCAUGGAGGGUGGGGGGCAUUGUGCUAUGGUGUGUAAAAAGGUUUUUCUUAUUGUACCAAUAACCAUAUAAGCAGAUGAAUAUUGAAUAUGUUGGUGAUUGUAAACACAAUAGCCGCUAAUGUCCGUUUAGGAUUGUACUGUGGAGCUUUAAAACAUU